UAUACGAUUGUGUGCUUGUGAGUCAGUGUGAUUUAUAACGAAGAAAAUACAAGCUGCGAUCAGUAUCCCUCACGAAUCUCCAUUACGUUUGGACCACUAAAGCCAAAAGGAAAGUGUCACAUCAAAGGAAAAUGCCCUGUCAGGUGCUAAGCUUGGUUCUCCUGACGCUGCAUCUCCUGUACGGUUCCGUGGGCAGCUUAGGGUUCGCCACAAGUUGUGUUCCAAGCAGCUCCCUGGAUACAGAUGGAAUCGGAACGAAGUGGGAGGUAAUAUCUUGGGCGCCGAAGAAUGGCGGUGCAGUUGUUCUCUCUCUGAUAUCAAAAAAUGAUAAGAAUUCUUCCUUGAGAAAAAUAGACAUCACGAGAACAGAAGUGCACACGCUGUUCAUUCAAGGAGGUCAUCGUGAGACGAAAACCAGUUCGAUCCCGGACGCCGGCCUCCCCCCCGGCUGGAGGGAGUUUCGGGUGACGUCGGACUCCAGGUUCAAGGUCUGGGUGAUGGGCGUGGAGGAGCCGCUGGUGGAUGUGGAGGAUGACGUGAGAGCCGAGAGGGUUGUCGUCAGAGGGAGCAACGUCACCAUUAACUGCAGGGAACCAUUUUUUAUCUGGAACGUCUCGGAGGACCGAGAGACCACCCUCCCUCUGGGAGGUCCAGGGCGCUAUGACCUGGCAGUGUUCUCGCGGUCUCCUUUGUCGCCCGUUGUGAAGCUCGGGAAUCGGACUCUAGUGCUCAGCUGGGACCCUGAGUUCAGCAUGGUCACGACUCUCGCCUUAGAGUCGCGACCGUUGCCAGCUUUCGUCCAGCACAACUUCACUCUUAAUUGCAGCUACGCUCAAAACCACUUCCAAUACAACAUUUUGGCAGGCCAGAACGACACAGUUGUAGGAUCCGUCUCUCUCCCUGAGGAAGUCGACUGGAUGUCGUUCCGAGCGAGGAGUGGAGAACCAUUUGUUGUCACCUCACUGAAAGCCCAACAAGAGCAAGAAGCAGCAAUGCCAGAUCCCGGAACAUGCCUCAAGAAUUCUGCCACAUUUAUUCCUAUAUAUGUCAAUGGUGUUCUUGCUGUGAUCUGCGCAUUUCUUGCCGUGAAAGUAUGGCGGUUGAAGAUGGAAAUGAAGUCGAUGAUAGAAACUAAACCACCUUUAUAUCAGUCGUGGAAGGGACAGAUAAAAGGGAAGAUAAGGCUGGAGACAACUGUACAGAGAUCCGGCUGCAGGCUCUUGCUGCCCGCCCGCCUCUCCCUUCGGGGGCAAAGGAGGCGACCCCACGAGCUGCUCUCAUUCCAGGGGGACUCGGCGCAGACGCCCUUCCCGCCGGCCCUUCCUCAGGAGACCGCUCCUCUGAACAACCCGCGUGCAUUCCCAACAGGAUCUUAGAGAAGCAGAAUAAGAACAAAAAUAUCUUUAUAUCUAUCUAUCUAUAUCUAUAUCUAUCUAUCUCUCUAUAUAUAGAUAUCUGUGUGCGUGUGUAAUAUAUAUAUGUAUAUAUAUAUAUAUAUAUAUAUAUAUAUAUAUAUAUAUAUAUAUAUAUAUAUAUACAUAUAUAUGUGUGUGUGUGUGUGUGUGUGUGUGUGUGCGAGCGUGCGUGUACGUGUGCCUGUGGGUGUAUGUGUUCGUGUGCGUGUGCGUGUGCAUGUACGUGUGCAUGUGCGUGUGCGUGUGUGUGUACGCUUGCGUGUUUGUGUAUGUGUAUGUGUGUAUCUGAGCGUAACUAUAUCUCGUAUAUAUAUAUAUAUAUAUAUAUAUAU